GGCAUCAGGCGGAGCCCGGCGCGGCGCGGACAGGCCAGGCCGGGCCGGGAGCGGGGCAGGGACGGGGCCAGGCCGGGCCAUGGCUCCCGCUGCCGUGCAGCCGCCCGAGGUGCAGUUCGCGCAGCGCUUAGCCGCCAACGAGAAGCGCAUCCGAGACCGCGCACUCAAGAAGCUGCGGAGCUACAUCGGCGUGCGGACCCAGCGGCCCGGCGACUUGUUCUGUACUGUAGGUGGCUUCAGUCAGGAAGAACUGCUGAAAAUAUGGAAGGGCCUUUUCUAUUGUAUGUGGAUGCAGGAUAAACCUCUGCUUCAGGAGGAACUUGCAGCCAAUAUCUCCCAGCUUAUCCACGUGUUUCAGAAUACAGAGACUCGACACCUCUUCAUCCAGACAUUUUGGCAGACGAUGAACCGGGAGUGGAACGGGAUUGACAAUCUGCGGCUGGACAAGUACUACAUGCUGAUGCGUCUGAUUUUGAGGCAAUCCUUUGAAGUGCUGAAAAGAAGUGAAUGGGAUGAGGGUCUAGUUGAACCAUUGCUGCAGCUAUUAAUGAAAGAAGUUAUGGACCCAGACAGCAGUUCUCCCACUGGGAUAAAGUUCCAUUUCAUUGAUAUCUAUCUGAAUGAAUUGGCUAAAGUUGGUGCAAAGGAGCUCACAGCAGACCAGAAUCUCAGGUUCAUCGAACCUUUCUGCAAAAUUGCUGCCAAAUCAAAGGAUCGGCGUGUGCUCCACGCUGUGGCCACUGGUGUCUUUGAGAUGAUCGUGGAUCAGUCCCCCUUCGCCAUCGAGGACCUGAUGAAAGAGCUGGGUACCAACAGUGAUGAGGAGAAUGUUUCUGAAGGAGGCAAACAGGAAAAUGAAGAGAUGCUUAAAACCAAAGUAGCAGACAGAUCUCUGUCAAGAAAAUCAGCACAGAAGGCUGAAAACACAGAGGAUAUUAAUGAAAAUGCUGAUGAUGGGAUUGGUGCUGUUCUUCAGUUUGAUUACAAGGCUGUUGCUGACAAAAUCUUCGAAUUUGCAAGCAAGAAAAAUACACCUUCCCUGAACAGAAAGCGGCUGUACAAGCUGGUCAAAAAGUUCCAGGACUUAGCAGAAGGAAUCUUCCCCCAAGAUAUUCCUGAAGAUGUUUCUACAGAUGAAGAUGAUGAUGAUGAUGAAUCUGGCAGGCGAAAGCGAAAGAAAAAAGCUGUCAAGCCUUGGCAGCAAAAUGAGCUGGAAAAAGUAGAAGAGGAUAAAGAAGACCUGUCAAGUGGGAAGGUGCCAUCAGUUCCUCAGAGGAAGAGGAAAAAAAGGAAGAAGAGGGACAGCCCAAGUGCUGAUUCUGGAACAGCUGAUGGAAAUUCUGAGGAGGGAAAAGCUGAAACAUCUGGAUCCAAUGCUUCUAGCCAGGAAAAGGUGCCAGAAAAUAAAAAGGAGAGGAAGAGAAAGAAAUUGCUAGUAAAUGAGGCCAGUGAGACCGCAGAUGUAGCAACUGACACCAGAGAAAAUCACAGUAUCUGUGUGCAGAACAGUCUGACUGAUGCAGAGCAGAAUAAAAAGAGUCAGUUGAAGAAAAUGAAUCCAAAAGUGCAGAAUGUUCCUGCAAAACCAGCGUGUCAGAAUGGGCCAGCCACUGCCAGUGCAGCAGAGGAUGUCAGCCCUUCUGUCACUGUGUUACCUCCUAAGGCUGUGAAAAAGAAGCAGAAAGCAGGGGCUGUCCUGGUGAAUGGAGAUCCCCCUGUGCAGCAAACUGACCUGAAACCCAGCAAUGAGGGCUUGCUGGGGACCCUGCCAAGAAAGGCAGGGGCUGAAUCUGCACCCUCCAGAAAGGUCACACUGAAGACAAAGACACAGUUAGUUGGUUUGGAAGGGAUGAAAGUCUCCAGUCAGAAUGGAGCAACUCUGAAAAAGAAGAGAAAAGUGAAGGAGGUGCUAAACUCUGUCGAAGCCAAUGGAGUUCUGGAGACUGUGUGCAAGAAAAACAGGAAGGUGGAAAGCAGUGCUACUCUGUCACCAUUAAAGAAAAAGAAAGCAAAACCAGGAAGUGAUUUUGUAAAAUUUGAAAAAUCAACUGUACCAAAGGCAGUGUUCUUCAGGAAAGCCAGAAGCACCAUCUCUUCCACCAGGACACCCAUGCAGCUUAACAAACUGCAGACACCCAGCUCCAAAAGAGUCACAUUUGGCUUGAAUAAAAACAUGACUGCAGAAUUUAAAAAGACUGACAAAAGUAUAUUGGUGAGCCCAGAAGGACCCUCCCGUGUGGCUUUCAAUCCUGAACAGAAACCUCGUCAUGGGGUGCUGAAGUCACCCACAGUGACCCCAGCAAAAGAGCCCCAAAUGAAGAGACCAUUUACUAUGUCAGCUAAGAAGAGACCAACUGCUGUGGACUUCUUUUAAACCAACAAAUGUGGCCUACUUUUGUACAGGACAUUUUGCUAACCUAGAAUGUUCUCUGGAGGUAUUUUGAACUUCUUUAUUUUUUUAAGUUAAUACAAAUUGUAUAUACAAAAUUCUGAUUAUGACCUGGGUCAUUGCUAUUUUGAAACCACUUCCGCUCUACCUUGAAAUACUUGUUUUGUCUUUUUACAGAAAAGAAAAAAAACCCAAUCUCUGCUCAGGUUUGAUCUACAAAAAGUAUGGUCUCUGCCCAUGUCAUUCCCAAGAGACUUGUCCAUUUAAUUAAGGAAUGUUCAGGGUUUGAUUGUUCCUGAGAUUUAUUUUUUUUUUUUUUGAGCCAGUGUAAGAAAACUUGCACUUCAUGCUGUUAAACUGUCUUUCAUUAGACAGAGUUUAAAUUGGAAAAAAGGAAUGCAAAUUUUAAGCCUACUUGGUCAUGUAUUUAUAUAUUUUAAAAUUCUACAAUGUCAUUUAUCAUGUGUCACCCCUGGCAUCCUGUUAAUUCUUCUGGAAAUAAUGAUUACCUUGUGUGUCUGUUGAUUAACAGCUGGAUUUGAGUAGCUUUGCAGCUAGCAAGAGAGCUUUCCCCAGGAUAAGAAACCCUUAGCUGUUGCUCAAGUGGUCACUGGUGCAAAUAAACCUUCACAGCUGGUUGCCUGCUGAGCUGGGGACAAGCCACCCCAUUAUUUUCAGUAAUGCAAGUGCCAUGGCUGGCUUGAGCCUGUCACACUGUAAGCUGGCUCCUUCUCUUCACUGAACUGAAAUUCAUGCUGGAGAAAUCUUUGAUAUUUCCAGGUCUUCCCUCAACCCCCUCUGCUGCCUUUCCCGAAGGUCUGACAGGACUCCUGGGUUUCUGCUUUAGCAGCUGGUGUCACUACAUUGAGCCAGAACUCAGCCCUCAUUCAGUGUAUGAACCUCUGCCUGAAGUGAGCUAGAUGGGUGUAGUGCAUCUUUGGGUAGGACACAUCUCUCUGAAAGCUUUGUGCCUCUCAGUACAGGGUGAAACUUUACAGCCCGUGCAGCUUGGUUUUGGUUUUGAUGUAGAAUCAGAUGUCCACUUGGCAUUUAUUGGAGUUCAGUUUUUAUUUGGAUAUUUUAUUCCUACUCUGCAUGUUUUGUUUUUAAUUUGCUUCUUUGGUAAAGAUUGAGGUGCAUUGCUGCAAGAAAUCAUUUAUGUAAUCUGAAUGGGAACAGUGAAGAGGGGAAGAGUAAAUUAAAAUAAAACCUUUUUUGAUACAAUUGGAAAAUUUGAAAUCUUUCUUUGGAAAUUUUCCUUAUGUGAAUGAGGCAAAGGCUUUGCAGCAGAUCUCUACAUUAGAGCUCAGCUUGGAAGCGCAGCCUGGUGCCAGAGCAAAGUUAUUCAUGAAACUUCACACCAGUUAUUCCUGUGAUCCUGUAAGAGAGAGGGUGAACCUGCUUUAUUACCUUGUCUUAGGAUAACUGGAUUAUCAGUUAAAUAAACUGAUAAAUGUUUAUUUAGCUACUUCAGCCAGCAGAAGUACAUUUUGUGACAUAUUUGCAUACUUCAGUGCUGGUUUUUACCAGUCCUCUGCCAGAUUAGUCCUCAUAAGCAACAGUAUUGAAACUGUUCUUUGUACCUCACCUACAGUUGCUUCAGAAUACUGGGGUACUCCCAAAUGGCUGGGUGGUCUCAGCUGCUCAAUUCUAAUCCGUCCCAGUUCUCUCACUAAGUUUGUGACAGUCCAUGGUUUGUGGUACUGCCAGAAAUUAAUUUUGCUCUUGUCUUUUCCCAUUCAUAGUGAAGGACUGAAUUUCAUUUGGUUUUGGUAUUGGUCUAGGUUGUAGCUCUUUCUGUGAUCAAUAAAGAACUCUGGAGAAUACAUUGAUAAA